CGGGUUAAGAGCAGUCUCCCGGCUGUCCCGCCGCUAGUCACACGCCAUGUGGCGCUGCAGUGGGCGGCGGGCGCGGAAUGCCCUGCAGCGACUGAGGGGCUGCUGUACACACCACAAAGGAUGGAGGUGGAGAAGUAGCCCAGCUUGUGAGAGUGCGCUGCAGUAUAAGGUGGGAGAAAAGAUCCACGGCUUCACUGUAAACCAGGUAACUUCUGUUCCUGAACUGUUUCUCACUGCAGUGAAGCUCAGCCAUGACAACACAGGAGCCAGAUAUUUGCACCUGGCAAGAGAAGACACAAAUAAUGUGUUCAGUGUGCAGUUUCGCACUACUCCAAUGGACAGUACCGGUGUUCCACAUGUUCUUGAGCAUACAGUCCUUUGUGGUUCUCAGAAAUAUCCAUGUAGAGAUCCUUUCUUCAAAAUGUUGAACAGGUCAUUAUCCACUUUCAUGAAUGCCUUCACAGCUAGUGAUUUUACUCAGUAUCCAUUUUCCACACAAAAUCACAAGGAUUUUCAGAAUCUCCUCUCAGUAUACUUGGAUGCAACCUUUUUUCCAUGCUUGCGGGAACUAGAUUUCUGGCAGGAAGGAUGGCGACUAGAACAUGAGGACCCAAGUGAUCCCCAGACACCCUUAAUCUUUAAAGGAGUUGUCUUUAAUGAAAUGAAGGGAGCUUUUACAGAUAAUGAGAGGAUAUUCGCCCAGCACCUUCAGAACAAAAUUCUUCCUGACCACACUUAUUCAGUGAUUUCUGGAGGCGAUCCAUUGUGUAUCCCAGAACUCACGUGGGAACAGCUUAAGGAGUUUCAUGCUACUCACUAUCACCCAAGUAAUGCUAGGUUCUUCACUUAUGGUAAUUUUCAAUUAGAACAUCAUCUGAAACAAAUUCAUGAAGAAGCACUGAGUAAAUUUCAGAAAAUUGAACCAAAUACCGCAGUGCCAGCCCAGAAGCCCUGGGAUAAGCCCAGGGAAUUCCAAAUAACGUGUGGCCCACAUUCGCUUGCUGCAGAUGCCUCUAAACAAACAAUGGUCAGCGUUAGCUUCCUCUUGCCAGAUAUCACCGACACUUUUGAAGCAUUCACGUUAAAUCUUCUGUCUUCACUCUUGGUUUCUGGGCCCAAUUCCCCCUUUUACAAAGCCUUAAUCGAAUCUGGACUUGGCACAGACUUUUCUCCUGAUGUUGGAUACAAUGGAAACACAAGGGAGGCCUACUUCAGCGUGGGCCUCCAAGGAAUUGCUGAGGAAGAUAUUCAGAAGGUCAGAGACCUUGUGGAUAGAACAUUUGACGAAGUUGUUGAGAAAGGAUUUGAAGAUGAUCAGAUUGAAGCUUUACUUCAUAAAAUUGAAAUUCAAAUGAAGCAUCAGUCAACCAGCUUUGGACGUGCCCUGAUAUCAUACAUAGCUUCCUGCUGGAAUCACGAUGGGGACCCUGUGGAGCUCUUGCAGUUGGGAAGUCAAUUAACUAAAUUUAGGCAGUGCCUUAAGGAAAAUCCUAAAUUUUUACAAGAAAAAGUGAAACAAUAUUUUAUGAAUAAUCAGCAUAAACUGACUUUAUCAAUGAAACCAGAUGAAAAAUAUUAUGAGAAACAAACACAAAUAGAAACAGAAAAACUGAAGCAAAAGGUCGAUUCUCUCUCCCUGGAAGACAAGCAGCAGAUCUAUGAGAAAGGUCUAGAAUUACGAAGUCAGCAAAGUAAACCUCAGGACGCUUCCUGUCUGCCAGCCCUGAAAGUCUCGGACAUUGAGCCCACCAUACCUUUCACCACCCUGGAUGUGGCCUUGACAGCUGGAGAGAUCCCUGUGCAGUACUGUGCCCAGCCCACCAACGGCCUGGUGUACUUCCGAGCCUUCUCUAGUUUAAACACACUCCCAGAGGAGCUGAGGCCCUAUGUGCCUCUCUUUUGCAGUGUCCUUACCAAGCUGGGCUGUGGCACUCUCAACUACAGAGAACAGGCUCAGCAACUCGAGCUGAAGACCGGAGACAUGACGGUGUCUCCCCACGUGCUCCCUGAUGAGUCUCACCUGGACACAUACGAGCAGGGCGUACUUUUCUCAUCUUUCUGCCUGGAUCGAAAUCUCCCCGACAUGAUGCACCUGUGGAGCGAAAUAUUUAACAACCCAUGCUUUGAAGAGGAUGAACACUUCAAAGUGUUGGUUAAGAUGACAGCUCAGGAGCUCUCAAAUGGAAUUCCAGACUCUGGGCAUUUGUAUGCGACCCUCAGAGCUAGCAGGACCCUCACGCCUGCAGGGGACUUACAGGAGACCUUCAGCGGCAUGAAUCAGGUGAGGUUGAUGAAGAGAAUCGCUGAAAUGACAGACAUCAAACCUAUCCUAAGAAAGUUCCCACGGAUCAAGAAACACGUAUUAAACUGUGAUAAUCUGAGAUGUUCAGUGAAUGCUACUCCUCAGCAGAUGGCACAGGCAGAAAAAGAGGUAGAAAGGUUCAUUAGAAGCCUUGGUCGAAGCAAGAAGGAACGAAAGCCUGUCCGUCCACACAUUGUUGAGAAACCUGCACAUAGUGCGUCUGGUGAAAGUGCGCACGGAAGCGGCUCCCAGAUCAUAAGGAAGCUGAUCACAGACCCCACUUUCAAACCCUGCCAGAUGAAGACGCAUUUCCUGCUGCCAUUCCCAGUCCAUUACGUGGCUGAGUGUAUCAGGACUGUCCCCUACAUGCAUCCAGAUCACGCCAGUCUGAGGAUCCUUGCAUGUGUGAUGACGGCUAAAUUCUUGCAUACCGAAAUUCGAGAAAAAGGGGGUGCUUAUGGUGGAGGUGCUAAACUCAGCUAUAAUGGAAUUUUCACUUUUUACUCUUACAGGGAUCCAAAUUCACUAGAAACACUCAAUUCUUUUGAGAAGGCCAUUGACUGGGCUAAAUCUGGAAAAUUCACAGAGCAGGACAUUGAUGAAGCUAAGCUCUCUGUUUUCUCCGCUGUAGAUGCUCCUGUUGCUCCUUCAGACAAAGGAAUGGACCACUUCUUGUUUGGCCUUUCGGAUGAGGUAAAACAGGCACACAGGGAGCAGCUCUUCGCUGUCAGUCACGACAAACUGAUUGCCGUGAGCAACGCGUACCUUGGCACUGGGAAGAGCACACAUGGAUUGGCUAUCCUUGGACCAGAGAAUGCAAAAAUCGCUAAGGACCCCUCAUGGAUAAUAAGAUAACUGGUCUCAAGUACUUUUGACUGUACUCUGGAAUUCAGUUGAACCUACAUGUGUAUAGGCUCUUUAAAAGGAAGCCUCUGAGCCAGAUUUAACUUGGAAGAUCCAGAAAUGUUACUGCUUUUUCCAAAAAUCAUGCUGUUUUUAAAAUUUGGCCAAAAGUAUUGACUGGCAAGUUGAAGAACGAGGGAAGUAUGGUGAUCAUGAAGAAAUUGAAGUUAUUAUGUGUUAAAUGCCAAAUACAGAUUAGAAUUUUAAAGCUUAUUAAUCCUAGAACAUUUAUUUUUAAAAUAAAAGGCAACUUUGACCUUUGA